AUGACUGCAUUCCAACAGCGGCCCGCUCCCCGGUGGACGGCCGUGCUAUUGCUAUGGACGGCGCUGUGCAGCUUGCUGAUGCCAGUUGUGUCUGUCAAACAUGAAAACUUUAAGACCUGCGACCAGUCGGGCUUCUGCAAGCGCAAUCGCGCAUUUGCCGACGACGUCACCGCCUCGAGCUCCUUCGUCUCCCCCUACGCCCUCGACCCUGCAUCGCUCACGUUCAAGGACGGCCAAUUAGACGCCGUCGUUCUCAAGGCAGUCAAUGGCGGGCAGGAGAAGGUCCAGCUGCCCCUGACACUCACCUUCCUCGAAUCCGGUGUUGCGCGCGUCACCCUGGACGAAGCACGGAGGCAGAAGGGCGACUUUGACCUCCGACACGACAGCAAGGCUAGGAAAGAACGCUACAACGAAGCUGGCAAGUGGUCGCUCGUUGGAGGUCUGAAGCCUGCCGCCGGUGCCGCAUUGGCUGCCGCAGCUGACGCUGGCUACACCAAGGUCGUGUACGGCAAGGGGGGCAAGCACCAGGCCAUCAUCCGCCACGCACCCUUCUCGAUUGAGUUUCAGCGAGACGGUGAGACGCAUGUCAAGUUCAACGAGCGGAACCUGUUGAACCUCGAGCACUGGAGGCCAAAGGUCGAGAAGCCCAAGGAGGAGCCCAAGGAAGGCGAGGAGAACAAGGAAGAGCCAAAGGUUGUAGAAGAGAAGGGCGAGGAUGAGAGCACCUGGUGGGAUGAGACUUUUGGUGGCAAUACCGACACAAAGCCUCGUGGUCCCGAGGCCGUUGCUCUUGACAUCUCGUUCCCUGGCUACGCCCAUGUCUUUGGUAUCCCCGAGCAUGCUACUCGGCUCUCUUUGAAAACCACCAGGGGCGGCGAUGAUGCUUACACCGAGCCAUACCGCCUGUACAAUGCCGACGUCUUCGAGUACGAGAUGGACAGCCCCAUGACCCUCUACGGAGCCAUCCCCUUCAUGCAAGCACACCGCAAAGGGUCCACUGUCGGUGUAUUUUGGCUCAACGCCGCCGAGACAUGGAUUGAUGUAACGAAGAAGAAGAACACUGCGAACCCACUUGCGCUGGGCGUCGAAGGCCACACUGACACUCAUACUCAUUGGAUGUCGGAGACUGGUCUACUUGACGUCUUUGUCUUCCUCGGGCCUACUCCCCAAGACCUCACACGUCAGUACGGCGAGCUGACUGGCUUUACCGCCAUGCCUCAGUCUUUCGCCAUCGCCUACCACCAAUGUCGCUGGAACUACGUGACUGAUGAGGAUGUCAAGGACGUCGACCGUCGUUUUGACAAGUUCAACAUUCCCUACGAUGUCAUCUGGCUCGACAUUGAGUACACUCACGAGAAAGAGUACUUUACCUGGGAUCCCCUGACCUUUGUCGAUCCCAUCUCCAUGCAGCAGCAACUUGACAAGCAUGACAGGAAGCUCGUAGCCAUCAUCGACCCUCACAUCAAGAACACCAACGACUAUCCAAUCAUCGAUGAAUUAAAGAAGAAAGAUCUCGCUGUCAAGAACAAGGAUGGCAACCAGUAUGAAGGCUGGUGCUGGCCUGGGUCGUCCAUGUGGGUCGACUGCUUCAACCCAGCCGCCAUCGACUGGUGGAAGGGUCUUUUCAAGUACGACAAGUUCAAAGGUUCCGCGCACAACACAUUCAUCUGGAACGACAUGAACGAGCCAUCGGUGUUCAACGGCCCAGAGACGACUAUGCCCAAGGACAACCUGCACCAUGGUAACUGGGAGCACCGCGAUGUACACAACAUCAACGGCAUGACUUUCCACAAUGCUACUUACCAGGCCUUGCUUGAGCGUAAGAAGGGCGAGCUUCGCCGCCCCUUCGUGCUGACCCGUGCAUUCUACUCCGGCAGUCAACGUAGUGCAGCCAUGUGGACUGGCGACAACCAGGCUGCCUGGCCCCACCUUGAGGCGUCUCUUCCUAUGAUCCUCAAUCAAGGUAUAUCUGGUUUCCCAUUUGCAGGUGCCGAUGUUGGUGGAUUCUUUGGCAACCCCAGCAGCGAGCUCCUCACCCGCUGGUACCAGGCCGGUAUCUACUAUCCCUUCUUCCGUGGUCACGCCCAUAUCGAUGCUCGUCGCCGCGAGCCCUACAUCCCAGGUUCGCCCUACACUGAGAUCAUAACCCAGGCUCUUCGCCUUCGUUACCAAUUGCUUCCUGCGUGGUACACUGCCUUCCACGAGGCUCACACAUCAGGUGCUCCCAUUGUACGUCCGAACUUUUACGUCCACCCCGAUGACGAGGCAGGCUUCGCUGUCGACGAUCAACUCUAUAUUGGAUCCACGGGUCUCCUCGCGAAGCCUGUUACCAAGGAAGGCGCAGAAAGUGUUUCGGUAUACCUCGCAGAUGACCAGCCGUACUACGACUACUUCGACUUCACCGCCUACAGUGGCAAGGGUCAGCACACUGUCCCUGCUCCUCUUGAGAAGAUUCCACUUCUCAUGCGUGGAGGCCAUAUCAUCCCUCGCCGCGACCGCCCCCGCCGCUCCUCAGGCCUGAUGAAAUACGAUCCCUUCACCCUUGUUGUAGUCCUUGACAAGGACGGCAACGCAGCUGGAACCCUUUACAUCGACGACGGCGAGACCUUUGAUUACCAGGGUGGCGCCUUCAUUCACCGACGCUUUGCCUUCGACUCCAAGCGCAACAUCCUCACCUCGUCCAACCUGGACAAGAGCACCCUCCGCACCGUCAAAUUCGAGAAGUACGCCAAGACCAUGGACAAAGUCCGCGUCGAGAAGAUAAUCCUCGUCAACGCGCCCGCCGCCUGGGCACACAAGGACGAGGUCAUUGUCAUGGAGGAAGGCGCAAAGGAGAGCAAGAGGAGGAAGCCCGUGCCCCUGGACUUCCACGCUGCAGACGGCAAGAAGGCGGCGUUUGCAGUUGUUCGCGAUCCUGGUGUUGGUAUUGGACGCGGGUGGAAGAUUGAUUUUGGGGGUGCGAGCGCUGCGCCGCAUGACCACCACGGCCACGAGCACUGA